AUGGAAAAUAAUAGCCUUGCUUGUGCUCUGUUUGGCCCAGAAGAAUAUCAAUUGCAACUUGAUUGGCCAACAAGGCACAAGAUUUGUGUUUGUAUAGCAAGAGGUCUAGCUUAUCUCCAUGAAGAAUCGACACUGAAAAUUGUUCAUAGAGACAUCAAAGCCACCAAUGUACUGCUUGAUCAGGAUCUUAUACCAAGGAUAUCUGACUUUGGUCUAGCAAGGCUUGGUGAAGAGGAGAAGACCCACAUCAGCACUUGUGUAGCUGGAACCAUGAAGGACAAGUGGUCAAGUACACUCCAUGUUAGCUUGUGGCAACUAUUAUGGAGUUGUGGGCUUUGCAAAAGGAAAAGGCCCAGCAAUUCUCAUUGCCCUCCAGAAGGUGUUCAUGUGCUUACUUCUUCAGAUGGUCUGAAUCCCCUCGUUGUUGAUGACCGUGCUUUGGCAACAGAUGUACUGCCUCUUGAGGUGAUUGAACUUCCACACUCUUAUCUCUUUCCAGUUCCAUGGAAACUGUGA